GGCCUUUCUCCUCGCAAGCUCCAGUCUGCAUGAAUUGCACAGAUGGUCUCACGGAGGCACCGGCACCAGGCCCGCUGGCCUGCAGCCGACCCAGCACGGUGAUCCGACAUGAGUCCAGGCGGCGCCUCGGGCAGGAGCCAAAAUCCACGGCAGAGCCGGCCCGGCGAGGCAGAGCCAGGAGGGGCUCGCGCCGGCACCCCUCCUCUCCGAGCAGUCCCAGCCACAGGGACAGCGAGAUCCCCGCCCCUGGAGGGGAGGAGGAGGAGGAGGAGGAGGAGGAGGAGGAGGAGGAGGAGGAGGAGGAGGACCAGCGGACCGGGGCGGAGCGGGGGAGAGGGAAGACGAGGAAGGAGAGAGGACAGGGCGGAACUGGGAAGCAGGUGAUGUAUUCCACCACCAAGUGUGCUCAGAAUCGCUUGGGGCACAGAGCUCGACUGGUGUGCCCUCCCAGCAUCGCUUGGAGGACAUAACCUCCAAUAAAGUCUUGACCCUGAGAUUGGCCUGACCAGGAUUGGCGGCAGUGUACACAUUGCUUACCCCUGCAAAACCUGAAUCGGCGAUACAUCGUAGGCCGCCGGUAG